UACACUCACUAUAUUGCCAAAAGUAAUGGCUCCGCCCUCCCAAUCAUGUGAUUCAGGUGUUCCAAUCCCCUCCAUGGACACAGGUGUAUACAAUCAAGCCCCUAGACAUGCAGACGGCUUCUACAAACAUUGGUGAAAGAAUAAGUCGCUCUCAGGAGCUCAGUGACUCCAAGCGUGGUCCCGUGAUAGGUGGCACACCUGGGCAAUAAGUCCAUCCGUGACAUUUCCUGGCUACUAAAUAUUCCACGCUCAACUGUUAGUGGGAUUAUAACAAAGUGGAAGCAACUGGGAACAACAGCCACUCAGCCACCAAGUGGUAGGCCACGUCACAUGACAGGGCGGGGUCAGUGCAUGCUGAAGCGCACAGUGCGCAGAAGUCGCCAACUGUCUGCAGAGUCAAUAGCUAAAGACCUCCAAACUUGGUGUGGCCUUCAGAUGAGCCCAACAACAGUGCGUAGAGAGCUUCAUGGAAGGGGUUUCCAUGGCCGAGCAGCUGCAUCCAAGUCACCAAGUGCAAUGCAAACCGUCAGAUGCCGUGGUGUAAAGCACGCCGCCACUGGACUCUAG